GGCCUCCCCUACCUCCCACAUGCUCACCUUCCUAAGUCUGAGGCUGGCACUGACCUAUGAAUCUCAGCAGAGGGAGCUGGAGCCUGAGCUGCUCAGAGGGUGUGGCCCUGAGGGGCAGGGCCCUGGACAUGGGACCAUGUGCAGCCUGAGGUCCUUGCCAGGACACAUGGGAGCAUAUCCAAACAAGUGACUUCUGAUGGGGGUUCCAGCCAGGUCUGAGAGGCUGUAAGGUGCAGAGCAGGCCAGGUGGGCUUCCUGGAGGAGGUGGUGUGAGCUAGAACCUGAAGGGGGAGCAUGAGUUGCUCCAGGGGCAUUGACUGCUUGAUCACAUACAUCUGAGUCUGCGGCUGGAGUUUUCUUUUUGGGAAGCCAGGCCUCAGCUCAGGCCCUGGGAGCACUUACCCUUCUUUCCCUGAGGCCAUCUCUGGCUACCAAGCUGCCUGCAGACCACCCCUGCUGGGGACACAGCAGGCCACACCUGUUCAUGGGCAGGCGGGGUAGGUCUGAGGCCAUCCCCGGUAAAACCAUGCUGGGAUGUGUCUUCCUAGGCUUGGUUCCCUUCUCUGUCUCAUGACCCCACCCCCACCAGCGCUUGAUCCCACUUAGGGGGAACUGAAACCUGCAUGAGCUCUCUGUGGCGGGGGCCAGGUCUGACCCGCUUCACAGGGUCUUCUGGAGUGCUGAAGGAUGGGACUGCUGAGCUGGGCUCUGAGGGUCUCGGGAAUGCCUUGUGGGAGCCCUGUGGUCUGAAGGGACAGGCUAGCCUGAGGCUGGAUCAAGGCUUCAGCUGCCCUGAGAGCACUCAUAGGCUGCAGCUGUGGACACCAGACUGACCCGAGGUGAGUCAGGAGGAAGAGUGCUGGUGGGGACAGGCCGGCGGUCUCUGGCUGCCAGGUUCUCAUGGUCCCUGAGCAGUGCAGGUGAGCAGCUGUGACUAGGGAUUGACCUUAGAGGGUUGCUGGGUGCAAUGGGAAGGGUUAAGGAUGGGAGGCUGGCCCAGAGGAUGCCCCUGCAGGGACCAGGUGAGAAGCAGGGUGCUGGGUGAGGGUUGCAGGGAUGCCAUGGAGAGGCCAGUGCACAAGAGGCCACCGAGCCCACAGGUCCCCACUCAGCCUCCCCCGCAACCCUAGCCUGCUCCUGAGAGGAGGCCCUUUAAAUGCAAGGUUCUGGCCUCCCUCGGAGGCCCCUCCCCGUUUCCUGGGCAGCCAAGGUAAACAGAAGCUUGCACCCAGGCUGCUGGCAUGGCUUCCCUUGUCCUGGGGCCCCCCAGCCCGGCAGGUCUGACCCCGCCUUCUGUAGCCACUCCAGGCCCCGCGGCGCCCCCGGAGCCCGCCUUCCCAGACAUCUACAGCGGGGACGCGCAGCUCUGGGAGGCGCACUUCCGCGGCAUCCGGCACGCCUACCGCGCGCUGGGCAAGCAGGACGACUUCUCCAUCCGCGUGCUCACCGAGGACUUCACGCUACCCUUCCCGUUCGCCUGGCCGCCCGGGCCCGACCCCGCCCGCGGGCCGCUCUUCUACGACCCCCGCGACCGCUCGGGCUUUGACUUCCUGCUGCGCGGCCCGGGCGCGUCGCCUCCAGCGCUGCUGCGGCCCCUGCACGCCACGGCACAGGCUGCCCUGCGUAAGCGGCGCCUGGAGCAGCUGGCCCUGAGCUAUGUCCGCGCGCGCGGGCCCCGGGCCAGGCCUCGUCCUGCUGCCGCCCGGCCCCGCAGCCGCCGCCUUCCCGGGGUCCGAGGCCAGCGCGCCCCACGACGGCACCCCCAGACUGACCCAGGCCCCGCUGCUGCCCCGAGAAUGCACAGAAUAAAUAGUUAUCCGCUCUCCCGAGCUCGAGCUCGGCCCGUUGCUGCGCACACCCAGGCAGGCCUGACCGGCUGGGCCUGGCGGGGACUGGGAAGCCGUGUGGGUCCGAAGGCGCAGUGAGCAUGUGUUCGCAAUGGGAACCGCGAGGGAGGCAGGCCCUGGUCAGAGGGAAGAGGACCUGUAAGCUGGGUGGGGGUCCGGGCUCCAUCCUGAGUGCCACGCCCUGGGAUCUUCCCCACGGCUCUGCAGUGGGGACUAGCGUCCCCAUCCCAAAGACCGGCAGACCAAGGCCCUACGCCUCCAGGGAACAGCUUGGAUUUAGUUCCCUAUGUGCAGACUGCAAGUCCAGCAGCUUUCCAGUUUCCCAGGAUAGAGGAACAGCAGGAUGGGGAGGCGGCCGGGAGAAGGGGUGAGGCUGCAGAGCACAGGAAGAGAAAAGAAAGAAGUGGAGAGCAUGUGUGGGGCCGUGGGAGGCCAAGGAGCGGGUGCCACGAGGCACCAUCCCUUCACUUGCAGCCUCCUCGUUCCCUGCCCCUGGGGAGGGGCUGCCUGCUGCUUCCCCCAUGUGGGGCUGAGAGAGUUUGCUCAGCCCAGCGAGGCCAGCAGUGACCUGGCCUCUGCCCUGGGCCACCUCCUUCUGCAGUUGACAGACUCCUGCCAGAGACCUGGCUCUGCUGUGGGCCGGCUGGUGGUAAGGACAAAUGACUAAGACCCGGCUGGCUGCCGCCUCCUCCUCCCCCUCCCCCCCAUAGAACACCAAGCAGGGAGGCCCAGUGGCCUUCAGGAAGGUGCCCUGGCUCGUGCUUGGGAGCUUGGAACUCAGGUGUGCAGGGGAGACCACGUCCUUGCUCAAGUGCAGGUGGAAUCCGGGUGUUUUUUUUCUUUUAUUCCUAAUCCAGGAGUGGUUUAACACAUCCCAGUCAUGGGGACAAAAGGUUUUUCCAAACCCUGGCUUGAUUUUGCUAGUUGUGAGAAGGGUCACUUAUCUCUGGAGGAGAAGGAAGCCUUGGUCUGGGAAGAGGUGUCUUCAGCCUCCCCUCCUCUGCUGCCACCGACCUCAACUGAGAUGCCAGCCCCUACUCCAGGCUCCUCCCACCCAGGGCCUUGUUUCUUCAGUUUUACAGAUACACAGUUACAUUGCAAUAAUGACCAUGCACUUGAAUCCGGAUGGGGCAACUGUGACAAUGACAUUAGGUACUAUGUAUCCUAUAUUACAAUGACAUUAAGUACUAUGCAUCCUAUAUUAUAUAUGAAUUGGGGUCCCCAGAAGCAGUCCCUGAACAUGGAUUCGGGUGCAAGUGGUUAUUUGGGAUGUGGUCCUUGGAAACACAGGAAGGGAGUGAGGAUGCCAGACAGGCAGGGAAGGAGGCCAGGAAGGGUGUGAUGGGAGCAGGUUACCCCUGAGGGUGUGGAGGUCAGUCCCAUGGGGGCCCCCAGGAGACAGCUCAAUGCAUACCCAGAACCGCCCCGCCCAGGGACAGUGGGGCCAAGCACUAACCUCCUCGUCAUCACUGGCAGUCUGGCUUGCCCAUGGGGCUACGCAUCCACAUCCCCUGAAAACAGCAACUCACAGUGACCACUGAGAAAUGUUGAUAACAAUUUGACAGAGUAAUUUUAUGACUGCAGAGUGACAAGAUCAAUGUGGGGUUUGUACUUUGUGCUUUUUUAAACUACAUUUUUCUAGAAAUUUAUUUUUAAAGUAGUUUACAACAGUUUGGGGCUGGGACAGAUUGGAAACAAAAACCUUGGUCCUUCACCAACGCUAGUGUGAGAAAGUUGGUCUGGGAACCCAGACCCAAGGCCAGCAAUCGAGCCGGAAAAAACACGGUGAAGCAGUACAGUAAGUGCUGUGAAAAAGAUGAAUGACUGACUGUACCUCACAUAGGGUGGCCAGAGGGGCGAUUCACCCUGAAGAACCUGGUGUUGAAGCUGAGAAUGAGAGGAUGAGGAGCAGCCAGUUUUGUGGAUGCUGGGGGAGGACAUUCCAGGCCGAGGGGACCAUGUGGGCAAAGGCUGGGGAAUCAAACAGAGCUUGGAGGGUCGAAGAAUGGGAACCAGGGCUGUUUGAGGCUGGAGCAGAUAGAGCAGUAUGUCAUUUGAAGCUCUGACUGGCUUAAACCACAAAAGGGACUGGGUGGUUCAUGUAAUUGGAACACUCAGAAAUAAGAUGAACUUCAGGGAAGGUUUGAUCCAGGGGCUCAGUGUUGUCAUGGAGGCCCUAGUCUUCUGUGAUGCCAGUUCUGCCCUCAGACUGGCGUCCUCAUUAGUGGCAAUGUGGUACAGGCAGCUCCUGAUGACACAGCCUGCCUGGCCACUGAGAAGGCCAGAGGCCACCGGCUUCCAUAAGCUGUCUCAGAAGAUGAGCUGCUGUCUCAUGUCCUAGAAAGCCCUGGAAGCCUCCUCAAAUGACCUGUUGGUCCAGUUGGGUCAUGUGCCCAAUCCUGAACCAUCCUUGUGGCCCAGGGAGUACCAUGCCUUGACUGGCUUAGGCCUUUGUUGCCUGAGUCUGUGCAAUGUCACCUGUGCAGGGUGACGUUGGCUGGAUUAUGACAAUAAGAUCCAGAACACUGUGUGGCCCACAGUGGGGGAGCUGACCGUGUCUAGCACAGCCAAGUGGCAUGAGCCUGGGAUUUGCUCCCAGGGCUGACUUCUGCUCAAUCCCUGCCCGCCUUCCAGUUAGACAUGCUGCUCCCAUAGAAAAGCAUGAUCAGAAAUGGCCCCAGGCUGGAGUCUCUGUCUCUUGUGUAAAGCAGCGUCGAUAAUCUGUUUUUUCAGCACGUGUUCUGUGCUGUGCCCGGUGCAGAGGCUGGGUAUUCACGGAGGGAAGAUGCUUCCUGCUUCCAGGAGCUGGCAGAUGGAGGGCUGGGAGGGUAUGACAAGACACUUCCCGCAUUGCUCCUUGGAUGAGAGCCUGGGUAAUGCCUCCUGGGACUCAGUUUCCCUGCUCCCCUCCAUCACAGAGAGAGCGAGCCAGAUACCCCUCACAUUGCCCUUUUUGCUAUGGCUGCUGGGAUGCUCAAAGCACAUUUGUGCCCCGUUGUUCAGACUUUCCUAAACAUGCCAUUUUGGGGAGAUUGCCCUUUCACUCUGGCUUUGUGGUCCCCUCCAGCUGCCUGGCUUUCCACAUGUGGACAUAUCAUGGCGAUUUCCUUGGGAGCCAGCUGCUGUGAGCACAGGCUCUGCGAGAUGACAGAACUUGGCUUCGAUUCCAGCCUGGCACAGAGAAAGCCCCACAGAGAGAGGGCGGCUGUUUCCCCGUGAUGGGCCAUGCUCCCUGCCCCACAUGGAGUCUGGCACAGACACCUUCCCCGGGGCUAAGGGGGCCAUGGGCUUCUCCCCAGCAUCAGCUGGCCCUUGUGUUUAGAGAGCUCUGGAGUCAGAAGCACACAGGUUCUCUCUUGGCAGCUGUGUAGCUUUGGACAAGACUCUGGACAUCUCUGAGGUACCAUGUCCUCACCUGUAAGACGGGAGUCAGAAGCAGGUCUGGUGUGUGGCCAUGAUGAGCUGGUGUGACCAGACGGGCACCUGCCCAUGCCAUGCUCUGUAAACGUGGCUAUUACUUGUCCCCUUGUCUUAACCUGGGCUGGCUAUCCCCCUCUGCCCAGAGAACAGAGCUGCCCUGCAGGGUGCCUCUUAUCCUCCCUGGAGUCAGGGUUGCCUGCUGUCUCUUCAGCUCAGCCCAGAGCACACCAGCCUUGACAGGGAGCUGGAGUUGCCAAGGGCACAGCAGCCCGCAAGUCAUGGUGUUGGACCUUUUUCCACUCCCUGGAAGGCCUUGCUCCAAGAACCGUGACCAAGCGCAGGAGUCGCUCAGUCAGUAUUUUCUGAAUAUGCCAACGUGCCUGGGAUAGAAGCUUGCUGAAUGGAGGGGUUGGGCCAUCCUGGGGUCCCGCCCAUUCUGCGCACAGGUGGAGCCCCAGAGGGAGGGCAGGAGUCUGGGGUGUUGGCUGGAAUUGAGAGGCCAGGUGCUUUCCACCUCCCCAGUUGCCCUCAGAGACUGUGUGCCCUUCGAUAUUCAAAGGAGACAGGUUCCCCCUUUGAUUCCGGGGCCGCUGGAGACGGGUUGGGCACCCCCCCCUCCCUGCCCCUGCUCUGGUUUCCUGGGAAUCGACUCUGAGGUGCAGCGAGGAUGUUUAAUUAAUUGCAAUUACAAUCUUCAAAGGAAGCCCAGAGUUUGAAAGUUGUUCCUAAUUACUGAGUUAUGAUGUUGGCCAGCUCCUCAAAUUGAUUGUGUGAGAAUUUCCGAUGGAGGAUUAACUGAGUUGCUGUGAGGACCUACUCUGUGUCUCUCCCCUUUAGAUGUUCAGCCUCGGCAAAGGCGUGAGGGGCUGACAUGACAAUGAGGGCUGGGAGCCGGGAGGCAGCUGCCUGGAUGAAGACCUCAAUGCCAAGGCCGGGGCCGCGGGCUCGGUGUGAUGGCCCGUGCAGUUCAUCGUGCACUUUCUGUGCUGGCUUCUGGCACUUCACAGGGCACGCUGCUCUUCCUGACCCCUGUGUGUGGGAGGUCAGCAGGUGACCAGUGCUGGCCGAUGAGUUGUAGGCACAAUGAUCUGUCACUUCACUUCUGGGCUGAAGCCUUUAUGGCCAGCGUGAGACCCUCUGAGCCCUCUUUCUGUCUGCCACUGGUUGUGCUCCAGACACUGGCUCCUGCACAACCUGAGUCCUGGGCUGGCCCAAGGCAAGGGACCUGCUGUGUGGGUGAGAGGCAAGCCGUUGUGGCUUCAGCCCCUGAGAGUUUAGGAAGGCUUUCUCACAGGGUAAUCUAGCCUCUCCUGAGCAGCGGAGGAUCCAGCAGGCAGGACCGGCUGUGUAACGUGCAGGCCCAGUGUGAAAUGCAAUGCAAGGCCAUUGUGGAAAAACGAGUAAGAUUUGGCUUGGCAGUGGCUGUGCAUCAAAGCUGGCUGGGCCCUUCUGAGCACGGACCCUCUGUGCCCACUUAGGUUGCCACCUGCCCCGUCAACUCUGCUGCAAACCCAGGUGUCUUUUGGAGUCUGCAGGUGUGGAUGUGUGGCUUUGGCUGAGUGGCCAGUUUCCUCAUCUGUGCCUCAGUUUCCUCAUCUGCCUACAAGGAAGCUUCCUCUUUUAGCACGUGAUUACCUGCUGCAUUUCAGACACUGGUCUCUGGCCCGGGACCUAGCAGGAGCCCUGGCCCUCCCAAAGAUGGAGCACAGGGUAUGAGGGAGUACAUGCCAUCUUAGCAAGAAAAGUGCUUCCAAGGGCAUCAAGCUGGCCUGAGGGUGGGGGUGGGGGCAUCCUUUCCCGGAGGCCUUCCUGAGCAGAAGCCCCAGGGAAAGGAGGACUCUGUGGAGACAGAGACAGCUGCUGACGGGGAGCCCAGGAGGAGGGAACACACAUGCAGGUAUCUGGAGGCCAGAGGGAGGCCUGAGCCCCCAGCCCAUGAUGGCAGAAUUGGAGAACUUGGCGGCUCCAAGGCCCAGGCCUGAUGGAGGGAACUUGGACUUGUCCCUUGGGUGGGUCUGGAGCCAAGAAGUGCCAUGAUCUCAUUCAUCAAUUAGAACAAGCAUUCCCAAGGGGGUGGCAUCAGUCCCAAGGGGAGUGUUUGGUUUUUGGGGCGUGAAGAAAUCUUACUCUUUAUGUAGAGAGCCCAGAUACUCACACGGCACAUAAACAGAUGUGUAAUUGUCUGUGGUUUGAAAAUUCCAUGGGGGGCGCAAAUUAAAAUAAGUCUAUAAAGGUUCCUCAGGUUAGAGGGCAGUGGUAAGGAAAGUAAGUCUGAGACACGCUGCUUCACUGCCGCGGGCCGGAUGGUUUGGGGCAGAGGUGGGAGGUGCUCAGGGCCGUGCUGAGGAGUGCUGCGGGCUCUCUUGCUGGGUGGGGUUGGUGGUGUCAGAGGCCGUGGAGAUUCAGGGGUCCUCUGGCAAUGGAGCCAGUAGGGAUUCCUGAAGGGCAGACGCAAACUCAGAGAGAGGGUCAGGCUGGCAAGGCUGGGGCUGGGGCGGUGGGAGGGGAGGGGUUUCUGUGCACUGAGAUGGGGGUGCUGGGGGCUGUCUGGGGAGUCCCAGGUGUCCAGGGGCAGGUGGUGGGCUCAGCACAUAAAUUCGGCGGGCAAACGGCACUCGGGGACACAGGCUGGGAGAGGAUGGAGGACCUGCCUGUGGGUGGCUGAGGUGCUUGAAGUGCCCCUGGGGAGGUGCACCUGGGGCCCCUGCUUGUUGCAGGCCCUUGGGCUUCUAAUCUGCGAAAUGGGCCGGCUGCCUCUUGGCCUAGUGUGGGUUCCUGUCGCUGGGGUGGGGCUGUCCUUGGCAGAAGUUGCUGGGCCCAUUUCAGGCCUGAGGGCUGGGCUGUUGCCGGGUGGGUGAUGAGUGCCCUGUAGCACUUGAUUACCGAGCCCUACCCAGCCCUGAAAUGCAAUCAAGAAGGGGUUCCUGACAGCCAGGGCACCCUGUCUUCUCCCUGAGCCCAGGAGGAAUAUCAGGGACAGGUGGAGGCCCGGGAUGGGCAGCUUCCAGCAGGCCCUGUUGUGUGCCACUGAGGACUGUGGGAGUAUGGAGGCUUUCAGGGCAUUCUGACAUUCAGGCGCCCUCUGGGUCCCGUAUGGGCCCCAUGAGAGGUGGAUAGAUUAGCUGGCUCCAGGGUGAUGGUGUGUCAGGGGCAGACAUGAGAGCACCCCAGCCCCAGAUCUGGUGGAGCCCAUCAUCCCCCCAUUUCACAGUUGGAAAAACUAAGGCACACAGCAAUGGCAGGCAGAGAGUGACACUGCAGGUUUCUGGUUCCAAUGUCCAUGCUGCUAAUGACUGCCCUGUGGCCUGGCAGAAUCCCUCAACUUCUCAUCUGUGGAAUGGGGUGACGGGCACCACCUCAGAAGAUCACUGCAGAUUACAGAAGACAUGCACGUGUCCGUGUCAGCCCAGGGCCCGGUUCCCCAGCCGUCAGGGCUCGGGUCUGAUCCCCACGGUGCCUGUGUCCAUGACUGUGGGGCCACCCUGGGGCGGGCCUCAGCACUCUGACGCCAGCCCUCCCCUUGAUCAUUGGCCACCCUGUGCCCCCUGCCCAGUCCCAGGCCAAGGCUUUGGAAAACAUCCCGGAAAACUCCUGGCUCCUUCAUUCCAGUGUUUGUUCCAAACCCAUGAAUGUGCGGUUGUCACCCGCCCCCACCACGGAACUUCCUCCACUCUGCCGCGGCUUCUACAUUAAUCACAGCUAAGUGCUAGCAGGAGUCGUUUUUGUCGAGAGCCAUUAUUCCUGGGAAUAAAGAGACAUAAAAGACGGUUCCUUUUUGGAAGCCCAGUGUCGCCUGGGGAGGAACAAUGCCAGACCCGGAAGAGGUCCCUGGCCGGCUCCAGCCCACUUCAGCGACUCCAAAAUGCAUGUGACAAACUUGAGGCCCCGGGCCUUUGCUGCGUGCUCAGCGAGUUGAGCCCAUCCGUAAUGUUCACGCGCUUCUCUGAUGUUGCUGUGAGUUUCCUUGAAACCAAGAGGUUUUUUUCUUUUUCCGUUUUUUGGCAGCAAUAGCUGGGAAGAAGUUGACACUUUCUAAAAACUGCCA